CGCAAAGGGGGAAGAAAAAAUAAAAAGGAAAAAAAAGAACAAAAGGAAAAAAAAUUGAAAACACAAGUGUUUUUCUCUUUUGCAAAAAAGAAUUAUUUAUAUUUGUAUAUUAAAAAUUCGAAAAAAAAAUCACCUAAUUGUGAUAUCAAUCUAAUUUGUAAUUUCACUUCUUCACUCACAUCGCACAAUUCAACUUUCAUGUGAAAAAUGUAAAACAGCACCUGCCGCACUUAAAAAAAAAAUAAGAAAAAUCCUUCACUCACUUUUCUCACAGUCUCAGCUCAACACACAAAAUAUCUACAAAACACAAGUAAAUUAAAUUUUCCAUUAAAAUUUCUCUGAAACUCGACAAAAUCGAAAAUUACGCAUUUUGUUGUUAACUCUUGUACAACUCAAAUGUCAACCAUUGCAUAGUAAAUAAUCAAUCAAAAAGAAUCAAAAAUAAUGGAUGACCUGUCUCAGGGCGACAUUUGUCGCGUUUGUCGAUGCGAAGGUCAAUCGGAUCGUCCACUUUUCUAUCCGUGCAUCUGCACCGGUAGCAUAAAGUACAUUCAUCAGGACUGUCUUAUGCAAUGGAUGCGUUACUCGCGCAAAGAGUACUGCGAACUGUGUGGCCAUCGAUUCUCUUUCACUCCCAUAUACUCCCCGGACAUGCCUCGUGUCCUGCCGCUGCGAGACGUGGCUGGGGGAUUGUUGUCGUCGGUGGGAAAGGCAGCCAAGUAUUGGCUCCAUUACACACUGGUUGCGUUUGCUUGGUUUGGUAUUGUUCCACUCUCUGCAUAUCGAACGUAUCGCUUUAUGUUUAGUGGUUCAAGCUUUGAUAUGAUUCUAUCGCUUCCGUUUGAUGUGUUUUCCACGGAAAACAUUGCUUCGGAUGCUUUUCGGGGUAGUUUUGUGGUCACAUGCACAUUGUUGUCGUUUGUUGGUUUGGUUUGGCUGCGGGAACAGAUUCUGCAUGGUGGCGGGCCAGAUUGGCUGGAAAGAGAUGAAGUUGCCCCCAUCGCUGGAGGUGGUGGUGGGGGAAAUGGCGAUGGCAAUGCUGGCGAUGAUGCUGUCGGCCAAGCGGGGGCAAUUCCGGAGCCAAUAGCUGCGGCAGUUGUCGAAGGACCAAUCGAACUGAACGAUAAUAACAACAAUGAGAAUAACAACAAUGAGAAUGAGGCACUUUUGGAUAUGCCAAUCGACAAUGCCGAACCACCACCGGCCGAUGCAGAAGCCAAUGCAGGAAAUCGGGCUUUGAAUGAGGAUCCAGCUGAUAUUGCGAAUGCCAAUGAGGAGGCGAAUUGGAAUCCAAUGGAGUGGGAUCGUGCCGCAGAGGAACUCACUUGGGAACGUUUAUUAGGACUCGAUGGGAGUAUGGUCUUCUUGGAGCAUGUCUUUUGGGUCAUAUCGCUUAAUACGAUUUUCAUAUUCACUUUUGCCUUUUGUCCUUAUUGCAUUGGCAAUUUUGUCAUAAACUGGCUCGGUCUCCUUCGUCCUGAUAAACCUUUGUUGCAUUUCCAUGGAUUGAUUACAACCUUAUUCGGUUACUGCAACAUUGGUCUGACUUUGGUGGUGCUUCAUUACUUUGCACGACUUUUUAAAAUGAGUAAGAUCCGCUGGCUUCUGGGAUUGUGUUAUAUCGUUGUUAAGGUGUCGCUGCUGUCUGUUGUUGAGAUCGGAGUUCUUCCUUUGGUUUGUGGCUGGUGGUUGGAUAUAUGCUCUUUGCCAAUGUUUGAUGCUGCUAUUAAGGAUCGCCGAACAAGUUUUAGAGCUGCUCCGGGAACAUCGUUAUUUAUACAUUGGAUGUUUGGUAUGGUCUAUGUGUAUUAUUUUGCUGCUUUUAUUUCGUUGCUGAGGGAAGUAUUGCGACCAGGUGUUUUAUGGUUCUUGAGAAAUUUGAAUGAUCCUGAUUUUAGUCCAAUUCAGGAAAUGAUUCAUCUAUCGAUAUUGCGACAUGUUAGGCGAUUGAUUGCUUCUGUGAUUAUAUUUGGUUCGGCUGUUUUAUUGAUGCUAUGGCUGCCUAUACAAAUUUUAAAAUCAGUAUGGCCAACAUUCCUGCCGUAUACACUAUCCGGUGAUUCAGAAGUGAAUGAAUUGAGUUUGCAGCUGCUUCUUUUGCAGAUUAUACUGCCUGGUUUCUUCGAACAAUCCCACACUCGAGUUUGGCUUAAAGGAUUGCUUCGAAUUUGGUGCCAAGCUGUUUCCUGGACUUUGGGAAUCAAAAGUUAUCUUCUCGGAAAUGAUACCACAGAAAAUGGUAACGGAGGUCAAGCUGAACCCGAACGAGCUCAACCCGAUCGCAAUCAAGGUCUAGCCGCUGCCCAUCAAUUCAUCCUACAACGAGAUGCUCCAGUUGGAUUCCAACCAUACAACAAACCCACAUUCUUCCCAUGCCGACUUUUUGGCUUGAUUGUGUUCAUGUGUAUCAGUUUGGUGAUUUCAUCUCUGGUCACACUCACAGUGCCAGUUUGGAUUGGACGACAAGUAAUGGCGUUAUGGUCAGUUGGAAAUCAUAUUGCAAAUCAUCAAGUUUCGACUCACCCUGAAGUUCCACCGCGUCCACAUGAGCUAUACACGGCAGCUGUUGGAACUUAUCUUUGUUGGAUUAUUUCGAGAGGAAUCGCAAUCGCAGUGAAUUUGCUGCCACAAGGAAGAGCUGCUGUAAUGGACAAAAUCAAACAUUGGCUUCAUGUUGGAGCUUCUUAUGCUCUCGCUGCUAUUAUAUUUGUCUUGAUGCUCGGUGUAAUACCGUUAUUAUUUGGACUUCUCUUGGAACUAGUUCUUGUUAUUCCCUUGCGAGUGCCCAUUGGUCAGACACCAAUUCAUUUCUUGUGGCAGGACUGGGCCCUCGGAGUACUCUAUACAAAAAUUGCUUGCGCACUCACACUUAUGGGUCCAGAUUGGCGCUUAAAACGAGCCAUUGAGCGUGCUUAUCGUGAUGGCUUGCGAGAUAUUGAUUUGAAGUUUAUCAUUCGUGAACUGGCAACACCUGUUAUCACAUGUUUCGGACUCGCUCUGGCUGUUCCCUAUGUGAUUGCUCAUUCGAUUGUGCCAAUUUUCUAUGAAAAUCUAAAUGCAAGAACCUUAAUUGCCAGGGAAAUAUAUCCAUUCUUCCUAUUGGCAGUAAUUGUUGUUGCCAUAAUCUACUUCCAGAUACGACAAUUCAAGAAACUCUAUGUUGCGAUCAAGAAUGAUAAAUAUUUAGUUGGACAGCGAUUAGUGAAUUACGAACAUAGAAAGCGAAAACAAGAGACGGCAGAUGCUGCUGCGGCUGCUGCUGCAGCGGCUGCAUCAGCUGCUGCAAAUAUAGAUGCAGCUCCAGCAGUAGAGGCGGCUCCUGAUAAUGUAGCUGGUGUUAAUGUUGGUGGAGGCAAUGUUGUUCCUCCAUUGGUUGGGGAACAGUUAUAGAUAUACAAAUAUGUCUACUAAUAGUGAUUAAAUAAGUUUUUUUUUUGUUUUUUCUUUAUUUUCUAGUUUGAUUCUUUUUUCCUCUCAUACUUCUUCAAAUCUUUCUCUCAUUUUCAUUCAGCCUGUCUCGAUCUAUUUCAAUUGUUUCUUAUGAUCGGACUUGACGAAUAUGAGAUUUUUUGAUCAACCAACUAUUAAAAGGUUUCUGAUUGGUUGAAAGUUGAAUGACCAAUCAGAGGCUUAAAAAUAUUAAAUUUAUAUAGAAUCCGGACACUCUUUGAAUUAAACUUUUUGUUAAUUAAAAUUAGUCAUGUUUAUUAUUUUUUUUUUUAUAUCGAUAAACUUUCCAUUGAGCUUUUUUUGUAUUGCAAUGUGAAAGUUAUAUGAAAUGGCAAAGAACAAAAAAUAAAAUUGUUAUUAUAGUUUUAUUGGCUAUCUUAAACAAAACACAAAUAAAAAAGAAGAAAAUUAAUGAAAAAUAAAAUAUUAAAAAAUGCAUAAAAAGAGAAAAGCUAAGCAAAAACUUAAAUUUUACUUUAACUCUACUACUAUGGAUUUCAUUUUGAAUAAUAAUAUAAAUAAAACAAAAAAAAAUAA